AUGGACAUACUAUCUAAUCCAGAGUUCAUUGAGUUGAUUCCCGGGUUACCGAGCGAACUCGGGCUAGAGUGCCUCACUCGUUUACAUCACUCAGCACACCGAGUCGCGCUCCGUGUCUGCAACCAGUGGCGACACUUGUUUCAGAGUGAUGACUUUUACUGUCACAGGAAAAAAACCGGUCGCGCCAGAAAGGUUGCUUGUUUGGUUCAAGCCCGUGAACAGCACGCUGAAGUGGAAAAAUCGUCAACGCCACCGAGUUACGAUAUCACUGUUUUUGAUCCGGAGAGUAUGUCAUGGGAUCGGGUUGACCCGGUUCCGGAGUACUCUCUCGGGUUGCCGUUGUUCUGUCAGUUAAUUAGCUGCGAAGGGAACCUCGUGGUUAUGGGUGGAUGGAACCCAACGAGUUACGAACCUUUGACAGCGGUGUUCGUUUACGAUUUCCGAACGAACAUGUGGAGAAGAGGGAAUGAUAUGCCGGAGAAGCGUUCGUUCUUUGCUACUGGAUCGGGUCAGGGUCGGGUUUAUGUUGCCGGUGGACACGAUGAGAAUAAGAACGCCUUGAAAACUGCUUGGACUUAUGACCCGAGGAGCGAUGAAUGGACGGCGUUGGCUCCGAUGAAUCAGGAACGAGACGAAUGUGAAGGAGUGGCUGUCGGCGGCGAGUUCUGGGUGGUCAGCGGCUACGCUACGGAGAGUCAAGGGAUGUUUGAUGACUCGGCGGAAGUGUUGGAUAUCGGGUCGGGCCAAUGGAGAAAAGCUGAAGGUGUGUGGGAAUCGGGUCGGUGCCCCAGAUCGUGUGUCGAUAUUCGUGAAAAUGGGAGAGUGGUGGAUCCGGGGCUCCGAAUUGGAGUUUGCAGUGUUAGGGUCGGAUCGAAGAACUUCGUGACUGGAUCCGAAAACGAAGGAGCACCGUAUGGGUUUUAUUUGGUAGAAAAUGACGAAGGGCAAAAGCGUAAAUUAAAUAAGAUAAAUAAUGUUCCAGAAGGUUAUUCUGGGUUUGUUCAAUCAGGAUGCUGUGUUGAAAUCUAA